AUGAUGACGAUGCGCUUGACCUGUUCAAUCCAGAGGAAAACACUCCCAGCGCCCAGUGCGAGCUUGAUGCAGGUCGCGGCCACGACCACCAGCCAACGCGCGCGCGCCGCGGCCUUGGUCCAGCAUGCGCAGGUGAAGAGCGAGGCGGACCACGCCCGCCUCGGCUUCCUGGUGCUGGCGCUCCGGGGCAAGAAGGUCGGGUUCGAGACUGUGAUCAACAUGAUCGACGAUAUGGUCGUGUUGUUCAAGAAGGAGCAGGCCGAUGACGCGGAGAAGAAAGAGUAUUGUGGCUCGCAGUUUGAUUCCACAGACGACAAGAAGAAGUCGCUGACCCGCGAAGCGUCGGACCUCGCGACCACCCUCGCGAGCACGGAGGAGAGCAUCAGCAGCGCUGCGGAGGACAUCUCAGCGCUGGAGGCCGGCAUCGCGGCCCUCGACAAGAGCGUCGCGGAGGCGACGGCGUUGCGCAAGGGCGAGCAUGAGGAAUACAAGGCGUUGAUGGCUGCAGACGGCGCCGCGAAGGAACUGCUCCUGUUCGCCAAGAACAGACUCAACCAGUUUUACAAUCCCCCUGUACAACCCGCCGGCCAAGGUCGAGCUCUCCGCCCAGGGCGCCAUUGA